AUGAAGAAGAAGUGGGACAAACAGUCGAAGCUGGCUGCCUAUGAAAUCGAUGUGGACACAACACACCCCUGGCCACAAGCGCUUCAGAGGCACAUCGAGCAAGAGCUCUUCAAGCAGAUCCCAGGCACGCGCUCGCCAAACGCAAAGAAGAUAGUCGACCUCCGCCGACCUGCGGCCCUGGAGAAUGAACCCGGAGCCAACCGCUUGCUCGAGCCGUUGCUAUUGUUCUCGAAUUCACCGCUGGCGGUUCCGGGCAUAGCCUCUAAGCCGAAUCACAAUCUGGACCGCCAAUUCCUCCCCAAUGCUCCAAGCAAAAUCAUCGAGACUGAGUAUGGCCUUCUUACACAACCACAGCCCGACACAGCGACCGGCUAUCUAUCCCCAACUGAGGCUGGCAAGUACACACCACGUCUGGCCACCGCAUUUACAAAGGAGGAGCAGGCAAUGUUGCGCCACUUCACGCUAAAUCCAGGCUUGUUGUUCCCGCUCCUUACCUCUCAAUGGAAGCCCGCAAACGGCGAAGCUCACCAGGUCGCCAUGUGCCAGACUGCCCGCGACGGCGCAGCCGUUGUCAACUACCUACACGACUACUACCAAAUCGCCUACAAUCGGCCCGCUACCGUUGUCGAGGCGCUGCACGUCUCCGUUACGUGCAACGUCGAGAUUGUCAAUAUAUGGCUACACUGGCGCGAGGAUGACGGGGCUGGCCAGCCGAAGCAUUACAUGAAGUCAAUCCACGCCUGUACCACGUGGACAGAGCCGCCGCUGCUCGAAGCGCGGGCUAUCCUCAAGAACCUGGUCCGGUAUGCCCUCGAUGAGCGUGUCGCGUCCAUCAAGGCAGCCCUGCCGCAUUUCUACAACAACAAGCUGAAGAUGAAGGGUCCGGGGUCGAGGCUCAAGGCCAAUACGGGCAGGGGCUCCGCGGCAUCCAUUCGGCCACCUACGCCCAUGUCAACUCCAUUUUCGCCGCCACCCCAGGUCAGGCAGUCAAUGCCGCCCCAGAAGAAGCGGAGGCCGGCAGAGGAGAGAGUCGAGAGCGAGGACGAGCUGCAGGUUUGAGUUAUAAUCGUGCGGCCUGGGUUAUUGCGUCUUUGGGGUUCUGCUGGGCUGGCGCAAACGGAUGUGCCAUCAUCAAGAGCGAUG